CACGAUUAUGUAUAAAUAAUUGAAUGAAAAGAGAAAUUAAAUCGAUCGUAUCAUACCGUGGCAUACUUCUCGAUGCACAAGAUUUAUACGUGGAUAUAUUUUUUUUAAAACCGUUGAUUCGGCAGAAGAUCAGUGACAUAUCGACGUGUGUCAUAAUAUAUGAACCGCAGCAAAGUCCUACGACCGUAUCCUUUGUCCACCGUUCGCGUAUCCUGUAUCCUGUUCUUUUCUCUCCCUCUCUUCGACGGACCGGAAUCCGCUCGUCGAUUCGCCUUCCUCCCGACCUCUCUUAGUUCGUGACUUUAGGCAGUCGAAUUGCUGUGACAGCGGCGUGUCCCAGACGUCUACGUGUUUCAUUUGAGGAUUUCAUACACGGCAGCGGUUUUACUUUGAACGAAAUUAUCGGCGGCCGGAUUUGUUAGUACAGAAACCGCAAAUUGUAACGCCCAACGCAUGCAGAAAAGAGUAGCAAGGAUUAUCGACAAGGUCUCUCUAAGUUGAAGACAACCACGACGAAAAGUGUAAGAUGUCAAGAAAGCGAACGAGAGAAGAAAUGAUGCUUAAUAAAGUGUCGUCACAUCAAAAAAAUCAUCACAAUGAAGUCAACGACGCUUCGUGUUCCCGGGAAGAUUCGCCUGCUCAUCCGUCCAUAUGCAAGGAAGCGCCUUUCAGCGACGAGAUCGAGGCAGAAGCUGAAAGAGACGCCUGCGAUUACUCAACUCGUAUCACAUUGAAAGCGGCCAAAUAUGGAAAAGCACCCAGAAGAGUGAGAGUAUACGCAGACGGUAUUUAUGAUCUUUUUCAUCAGGGUCACGCAAGGCAGCUUAUGCAAGCAAAAAACAUAUUCCCAAACGUCUAUCUGAUUGUCGGAGUGUGCAGCGAUGAAUUAACGCACAGUAAAAAGGGGCGAACAGUUAUGACAGACUCGGAAAGAUACGACGCUGUUAGGCAUUGUCGUUAUGUCGACGAAGUCGUCAGAGAUGCUCCGUGGGAAUUGGACGACGAAUUCUUAACUAAACACAAGAUCGACUUUGUCGCCCAUGAUGACAUACCUUACAUGACCGACGAUGGUUCGGAUUUGUAUGCCUUUCUAAAGCGGAAGGGAAUGUUUGUCGCAACCGAGAGAACGGAGGGUGUUUCCACCUCCGAUAUCGUUGCAAGGAUAGUAAAAGACUACGAUAUUUAUGUGAGGAGGAAUUUGGCAAGGGGCUAUAGCGCCAAGGAACUCAACGUAUCCUUCUUAAGCGAAAAAAAGUUUCGCCUCCAAAACAAGAUAGAUGAUCUUAAGGACAAGGGUAAAAGGGUCAUGGAAAAUAUCGGCGAGAAGAGAGUAGACAUGAUAAGUAAAUGGGAAGAGAAAUCUCGCGACUUUAUUGACGCAUUUCUAUUGCUAUUCGGAAGGGAGGGUCGUCUGGUUGGUAUUUCUUCGACAAUAUGGAACGAAAGUAAAGGGCGGUUAAUGCAAGCCCUUUCGCCACCAGCGAGUCCAAAAAGAGAUGGAAGUCCCAGCAGCAGCAGCGGCAGUGACAGUAACGGAGGAAAUAACGACGACGAUCAGACAAGUCCUCCGCCAAAGAAGACGGGACGUUAUGAAUUUGCCUUACAUAACAAUCACUUCACGAGCGAUGAUUACAGCGACGACGACGAUGACGCCGACGUUGACGAUAAUAAUAAGAACAGCGACGUCUGCGUCGUCAAGAACGAAGAUAAUGGAAAUGGUGAUCACGCAACGUCGAAACACAUUUCCAAAUAGCAGUAAAAAACAUCUUUGAGAUUAAAUCUUGCAUUGUAGACUUUUACACUUAUAUAAUCUUUUCUUUUCUCAUCUUUUUUUUUCGUAUAUACCCUUCACCCUUUUUUUCCUCUGAAUUAAAUAUUUACAUUGUUUCGUUACUUUGACCAGAAUUCACAUCUGGAACAAAAGUAAAGCGUGAAGAAUUAUACAUCGAACAUAAACUUUCCGAAAAAUACAGUACUAGAAGAAGGAAAGAAAGAAGAAGCAAAUGCGAUUCGCUUAUCAAAAUUCAUUAACAGUCAGUCUACGUUUUGUAUAUAAACACUAUCACCACGUUGUUGAUGCUGAUUUAUUAUAUUUUCGUGUGCAAAACAUACCAGCUGUAAUAAUUUAUGAAUAUUAUUUUUGUUUUCCUUCCCUCUUUUCGUUCAAAUUUUAUUUCUACAAAAUAUGCAGACAAUAAUAUGAGAGAAAAAUUUGAAAAACGAACAAAUAAUAAUCUUUUUCUUAUGACAAAUUUAGGAUUACUCUCGAUUCAAAUUUGCGUUGGAUUCUUUUUUUUUUUUUUUUAUUGUAAUCACUUCACCUUUUUCCACUAUCUACUCUUAUUAACUUCGUUUCUUACAAUAUUUGGAUAAAUGUUUUCGUUGAUCCGUCGAUAACUGAGAAUGAACAACAAAACAUUAACCGCCUCGAAAAAUGUUGUGAAAGAGUAAAUAAAUUAUAAGUAAAAAAAAAAAAAAAAACCAAGCGAAAGGAGCAAAUUAUUUUACAAUUUGAUAUUAAUAAUAUGAAUAACAUUCAUGAUGAUGAUAAUAAUAAUAGUAAUAAAAAUAACGCAGUGGGUGAAUCAGCUUUACAAAUUAUAUAAGAUUCUCUGGGUAGUCGCAACUUAUGAGCUGUAAUUAAAUGAGAUAGUGAGAGAUGUAGGAAGAGAAAAAGAAACAUAAAUGAAUAAAUAGAGAGCGAGAGGGGAAAAAUAAGUAUGUAAAAGUGAUUAUUUACGAUUGAAAUAUACACACGUACCGUUUUCGGGCGAUAUAAUUAUUAAUUUCCUUAGUUUUGUCUAUCGCUAUUAAAUAUAAGGUAUAUGCAGUAUAGUAGGUGCAGCGCGAAUGAAGUUUCGUUGUACGUGGGUUUCGAUAGAAAGUAAAAAAAAAACGACCACAAAUGCAAUAUGCAUCGAAAAAGGAAAUAUAUAUAUGUAUAUAUAUAUAUA